AUGUCAAAGUUCUUCAUAAUGGAUCGUAUUGUCUAUGAAUACGAAGAAGCAAAGGCAAAACAAAAAAGAAGAAGAACAGCAGAUUUUGAGAUAGAUGUUCAUAUUAUGGUAUUGAUGUUGACAUUGACUGCGAGGAUUAAUAAUUGUUCAGCACAAAUCGAGCGUCCAAUCAGGAGAGCACCAACACAACUUGGAUAUGAAUACCUACAAAAGGCGAUGAAAGAGGAUUCUCAGCAUUUUUGUGCAUUAUAUCGUAUGUCUCCUCGUGCAUUUUUGAAGUUAUGCGACAUUAUAUUAGAGAGGACAAAUAUAGUAGACACAAGAAAUACUUCAGUAGAGGAAAUGCUUGCUACUUUUCUGCUCACAGUUAGUCAAAAUUCAAGAUACACCCAGACGCGUGAUAUUUUCAACAUAUCUGCAUUUGCUGCUAAAACAUGUAGUCAGGAAAAUGUUGCAUCAAGUAGUAAUGCACAAGAGCAAAGUCAAGAAGAUGAUGAAUCAUAUAGCGAUGCAGAAGAACUUGUUGGAACCCAAGAACAACAAAAGGAGUUCGCUAAUAAUUGGCAAGCAACUAUUGCUGCUAAUAUGUGGGGAGAUGCUAAUGACGAUGGGUAUCAGCCAUGA